UCAACCGCUUUCAAUUGAGGCCCAUUUGCAUGGUGCUGGCCCAUUUUGAACCGUUUUCCUGUGAAGGACACUCAUCACUUGUCAUUCACCGCUAGCUCCAAAUGGCACUUUACCCUCGUCUCUGCGUUCUCUCCUCCAACGCCCGUGUUGUAGUGACGCCGCUCUUGCAGGGAGUCUGGACUGGUUAUGGACGCUCGAGUAUUCUUGUUGCUGAUAGACCUCAAGGCCAUGAAGGACGCUUGUUGAAUAAUAGCAGUCUUUAUGGAAUUAGGACUUUUUGUACUAACCAAGAUUUGGCUAGUAAGAAGUGUGUGCCAUGCAGCUCCAAAGAUUUGAGGCCUAUGACUGAGGAGACAGCCAACAUUUUGAUCAAAAGGGUUCCUGGAUGGAAUCUUGUGAAGGAAAAUGAUUCAUGGAAGCUGCAUCAGUCCUGGAAAGUUAAGACUUUCGCCAAAGGAAUGGAAUUUCUUCGGCUCGUGGCUGAUGUUGCAGAAGGUGAAGGCCAUCACCCAGAUCUUCACCUUGUCGGAUGGAACAACAUAAAGAUUGAUAUUUGGACCCAUGCAGUGGGUGGACUGACUGAGAAUGAUUUCAUACUUGCUGCAAAGAUCAAUGGACUUAAUCUUCACAACCUUCUAAGGAUAACACCUACGGACAAGUAACAGCCCGACAUUGAUAGACAUGUGUUC